AUGUCACAUAUGAGCGCGUGUUGGUCCGUCUUUUCCUUAUGCGACUCGCGGGUUGGCUCAGUUGAAAUUGCAUUCGGCCUCAGUAAUGCUGUGCACAAUUGUAUAGACUACGAUGGGAACCAGCAGAAAUCAGCAUUCUCGGCACUCGUCGCGGCGGCAUUUGCCAACUUGGUGAUGCUUUAUCUCCCCAAACUCUCAUGGUCUGGUAACGUUUCACGCGGCGCUACAAGAGGGAACCAAGGCCAGAAGGGUGUCUUGGGACCCCCGGAUUUUGAGGGGAGAUGUGUCCUGCAGCUGCGAGUGCAGCCGGGUGUCCUUGCCGUGCGUUUGAACCGCCAAGCAAGCGAGUGGUAUCGCAUGCUCGACGACGAGGUCAAUCGAGCCCUGAAAUUGACGAAGACGUACUGGCGGAAAGCGAGGCGGCGGCAAGACUACGACGCGCGCGCAGACCAAGACCACAUGGAGCUGCAUGAAUGGCUCCAGCAGCUCAAGGACAAAGUCAUGUCCCAUCUUGAGUUGCUCAUGCAGAAGGGCGAGAUUCAGGGCCCGCCCUAUGUGAUGCCUGACCAGGUCGAGCUCGCGUUUCUGCGCAAGUUCGUUGAGCGGCAGAGAGCGGGCAUACCACACAAUCCUCGUCUGCGGCGGGCUUACCUUCACACGAGUGCCGGCGGGGCCGAGCAGCAGCAUAUACAGGCGCAAGCAUCGGUGGGGACAUCGACACCGCUAUCGACGAAUGCAUGGGACGGGGCUGAGGACGCUGCUGAUGAACAUGACCACCCAAAUGGUGCUGCUGCGGGUGUGAUGGAGAUUGAUGACGUGCACGCCCUAAUGCGCGACAUAGAGUCUAGUCGUACGCCCUCACUACUCUCCACCGAGAUAUCCAUUAAUGAGCAGGCCAAACGAAGCUCAACUAAGGCCUUCGUAGCUUCGAGGAUGAUGCAGAUAUACCGCAACGAGUACGGAGAAGGUAGCGUGCAUCUAGUCGUGAUUGGACGCCGUGCUGAGUCGCCGGGGCAGACGAACCAUGAUAUCUCUCAACGGCGGCCGCAGUCCCGAACGAGCUCGAACGAUUCUCAGGAUGAUGUGAUGAGUCCUAUUGGCUGGCGGGACAUGCAUUGGCCACAGGUCAACACGAUGGGGGAAGCCGCCGGUCAGAACACUGAGUUGACGAUGCUGGAGCGCGUGGGUCUUUUCACUCUACUCGUAACCACAGAGAACAUAACGGCUCUUCGCCAGACCAUGGGGGUUCCUUCCCGCGAACACGAGAUGCAACUCAAUCACCUCAGUGCCGAGCGCAAACACGCGCGUGGGUGGGACCACCUGCCACAGACCCAGGGUCGAGAGGGGUUCGAGGUUGGACGCACUGUCUACACGCUACAGCCAUCAAGCUCAUAUCACCCGCAGGACGUCUCCCUGUUGCCGCCGCCCAAGCGCCAUCAAGUCUCUCCCGCCAUGCUCGGUUCCACCUCGACGUCGCUGCCGCCGUCGCUACGCCAAUCCGCCUUACCAUCAAUGACCGCAGCCGAUCAGCAGCGGAUGGAUCAAAAUGUUGCCAUCUUGCUGAAUGCGCAGUCUGGCUCUCACCUAGGCAAUGUGCCACUGUGA